GAUGUGCUAUUCGUGACGGUCGGAGUUAAAUUGCGUUAUUAGCAUCAUAGUUUACUAUAAAUCAAUUAUUUAGAGUACCGUUCAGGUGAUAUUGAUCGUCAUAACAAGAACUCACAGUUGGAGGUCAUAGCAACACAUCAAAUGCUAAUCCAAAACUACCGUAGUUCAAAUGUUUUGCAGGAAGAUUGGUCGAAAGAUGCAAAUCUUCGUACGAAAAAAUUGAACCUGGAUCCGGACGAGGUCAUUUAUACAUCAUUAGGUGGCGUCUCUAAUCAACCGUCGUGUGGGAUAUCACUUUUUCCCAGCAAUUAUGUGGCCACCGAUGAAGAUGGAUGGAAAAAUAAGCCUCCCGACGAAUGGAACGAAAGCGACACAAAAAAUUGGCUAAUCUGGGUUAGUAAAGAGUCAGGAUUUGCCUAUGGCAGAAUACCCUGUGAACUUGUGAUUCCGGGACGAGAACUUCUCACUCUAAAGCGUUCUGAUCUGAUCGAAUUAGACUCGACUUUUGGGGAAAAAUUGUACGACUUCCUUCGACAACAGUCAGGCGAAACAUCGCUAUUUCCCAACGAUGGGUCGGACACCGACAAAGACGAUUGGGAAAGUAAGCCAGUAAAAAAAUGGAGAAAAAGCGACACUCAGAAUUGGCUUAUCUCGGUCAGUAGAAAAUUGGGAAUAUCCUAUGGCGCUCUGCCGUGUGAACUUGGAAUAUCGGGAACAGAACUUGUCCGUAUGAAGCGUUCUGAUUUCAUCCGAUGCGCUCCUACUUUUGGGGGAAUGCUGUACGACUCGUUGCGAGAGCUCGGCGUAAGCGGCUCACAACAGGGUGGAAAAUAUAAGGACGGUUUGAAAAGUAGGCAGAAACAAUCAGGUCCUGCAAGAAGGCCAUUGGUUCGAAAAAGAAAACCAAAGAAGAAAACUGAAAACGUUUUGCAAUUCGUUAUUGGUUUGUUACACAAUCCACAACACUGCCCAGGACAGAUACGCUGGGAGGACUACGAGCAAAAAAUGAUACGUUUCGUCGACAGCGUGGCAAUUGGAAAGCUCUGGGGGAAAAAGAAAAACAACGAACGAAUGGACUACAAAAAAUUGACCCGCGCUUUAAGGUACUAUCGAAAAAGCGGAAUGAUCGUUGCAGUUAACAAGAAGCGGCUUGUUUAUCAAUUCGGUAAGAAUGUCCCGGGCUUAGAGACUGAUGAUCCGAACUUCGUGAAAUUGAACGCAAAAAGAAGUAGUUAAAUACGUAAGGUUUGACGGGUCUGAGAGAUUUCGUUUGAGUUGAAAUGGCGCAACAGAAAUCGAUUUCUGUGAUAUCGAGCGCUGAGAACCAGAAAUUUCUGACUUGUAUACAGUCAGAUACGAAGGUCUCAGUUGUUGGAAUUUCAUUGAAUUUUUUAACACGAAGUUGUUAAAUAUCACACAAUCGAAAUAAAUGAAAAAAUAUCAAAAUCAUGGUAUGAAUUGGUACAAAUUUCGGACGUCAUGAUUUAUGUGAUUACAUGCUUUUAAUAUGUUGAACUGAAUUGAAGUCAUACAGUAGAUAUAUGCUGUACACUCAUGGGGAACAGGAAAUAGAGAAAUAAAAAGAUUGUAUUCGUUUA